AUGGACACCACACACAACUUUUGCUUCCCAGUACGAGUGCUCGCCAACUCGCGGGCCGACCGCCAUGCGGCGAAGUACAUUGAGUCUACAUCCGGACACCCUGAGAUCUACGCUCACACCAUAGCGGGCCCGUACAAGAGCGUGGACGACUUUGUGUCCAGCUUCGUGGAAGGCGAAUCUCGUAUCGACCCGGGCAUGAUGACAUACGCCAUCAUCGACAAGACGCGGCCGCCCUCGGACGAGGACGAGGAGGGGGAGAUGGCUGGCCGGAUCUCCUUCGCCAACACGUCGACGGCUCAUUUGUGCACAGAAAUUGGCUACAUUGUCAUAUUUCCAGCGUACCAACGGACGCAUGUGACGACCAACGCCGUCGGGCUGAUGCUCCACGAGGCCUUCAAGAGCCCCGAGGACGGGGGUUUCGGCAUCCGGAAGGUCAUCUGGCAGGCCCACGCCCACCCCGGGAACAGCGGCUCGGUGCGCCUGGCGCAGCGGAUGGGCUUCCGGGAAGAAGGGGUCAGGCGGUGGCAUAGACUCAUCCCGAGGGGCCGUCUCCAGGGCAAGAUUGGCAACGGCGAACCGCUGCCGCCAGGGAGCGAUCCGGAUGACAUCUGGCGGCACAGCGUGCUCCUUGCGCUCUGCUGGGACAGCUGGCUGGAGGGAGCUGCGGGCCAGGUGCAACAGGCGAUGGACCGAACCCGCUGA